AUGAAACCAACUCAAUUCCUUUAUUAAGAAUCAAUUAAGUAGUAAAAGGAGUAAAAAGCAUAAGCUAUUAAGGUUUAAUUAUUUUUAUAAGUAUUAGUCAUUUGGCAAUUAACAACCUAAUUCUUCUUAACAGUAAUUUGUUGAUAACUAACAUUAAUCAACAAUAUAUUCCUUAGUCAACUUCCCUGUGUAAUAAUAUUUAAUAUUCUGUAUAUAGCAAAGAAGGUUAAAAUGAUAAGGUUUUAUUUCCUGUUUCAUUGAUUUCCCCAUCUUCAAAUAUAAAGCCAUCAGUUAUGGUUAAUAAAAAUACAGAAAUAGCUAGGAGUUUAAAGAAACUUAAACCAUUAUCAAACUCAGAUACAAUUUCAGAGUUGAUAUAAAUAGGAAGAGGGAAAAGUGUUGAUCAAUAAUUACAUGGCCCUAAACUUUAAGUGUAUCUGAAAUAAUUGAAUAAAAUGACUGAUGGAUUAUUCAAGAAAACAUAAACAUAGUUAUUAUUUGGAUCAAUAGAAUCCAAAAUUAGUCAUAACAAUAUAUUAUGUAUUUUACGUAUCCAAAAAUUAAAAUUUUUUAAUGAUUACAAUUAAAAAAACCAUAAAAAUCCAGCUUUAUUUUUUUGGGAAGUUUUAUAUAAGAAAUAAACCUUAAUGAAGAGUAUUCCAAAAGAUUAUGAAGGAGUAUAAACAGAUUUAUUGGAUUUUGUUUACAAUAAUAAUAAUUAUGAGAUUGUAGAGAUAGUAUUAUGGAAAAUUAAAAAUAAUGAUGAAGUAUAAAAUAAUUAAUAUUUAAUAGAAAUAUGUUGGGUAAUUUGAUUUAAUAAAUGAAGAUUAUUUUGGGGCAAAGGAGAUACUUGAUUUUCAAAAAAAGGUUAUAAGUGAAAAUUGGAUUGAAAAGGAAAUGUUUAAAACAAUGAAAUAAACAAAAUCUUAUAUCGGUAAUGUGUAAUUUUAACUAAUUCAGUUUGGAAAUGAAAAGAUUCCAAUGAGUAAGAAUUUAUAAUUUAUUUAGAUAAAUAUUCUGGUAUUCCAGGUUCUCCAAAAACAGAAGAAGAAAGAGCAAGACAUCGAUUAAUUGAUUAAGCAAUGUCUGGAUAAGAAUAUAGAUGGUAUAUUGAUGAGAAUGAUAAAUUUGUCAUUUAAAAAAUUGAUUCAAUUUCUUAAGAGAUUGUGGCUGAAUGUACUCUUGAAGUUGUUACAACUGAAUGUGGAUAAUUGACAAUCAUUUAUGAAUAAAAAUAUAAUGAUCCUGAUCUUUAUGGAAGAUCUAGACCUAAUUCAAGAAAUAUGAGAAAAUAACAUUUUGAUGCUACACUUGCAUUAAUUUAUGAAUUAAACAAAAAUGGAUAAUUUAUUGAAAUAUAAAUUCAAUUAAGAGCUCUUAGUAGAUAAGGAAGAUUGUCUAGAUAAGCAAUUGAAGAAGCUUUGUAUUAAAUGGGAUGUACAGCUAAUUAAUUAUUAUUGACUAAAUGUGAAGAAUUUGGUGAUUGUUUAAUGGAUUUUCUUCUUGUAACAGAUGAUUUAACAGGAGUACUUGAAGCAAUGCAAGAAAUUAAAUUAAUAGGAGAAGAUGAAUUAAAUUUAGAAAGUUUCUCUAAUAAUUUAUUUUAAUAGAUAGGGCUACAUUUAAGAAAAAAUAUUAAUCUAAAAGUCAUCAUCUAAUUUAUUAAAGCUUUAGAAAAGAAACCUGAAGUUGCUAUUUUAAUAUAAAAUUAUUCAUUUGCCUCAGAAAAUAUAUUAACAAAUAAUCCCCCAUUUUUAUAAAGUAAAAUAUAACAAUAUUUUAGAUUUUGAUGCAAAGAAUUAUGAACAUAUUAUGGUUUUCGGAAAGUUAAAUAAAAUGUUUGAAAAUUUUAAUAUAGAUUCAAAAUUUACAAGAGCAAUUAAAAUGGCUCAUAUUGAUGCAAAGAAAUCAAUAUAUUUUGAUAUUCCUUGUUUUCCUAAAGAUUUAGAUUUAAAAAAGAAAGCUGAAUCUUUAUAACUUAAAUCAAUUGGUUAGAACAUUAUGCAUGAGAUUGUUAGAAGAUAAAAAUGGAAUAAAAGUCAUUUAAUAUUUGAAAAAUAUCCAGAAUGGUUCUUUGUUGCAGAUUUUUAAGGAAUUACACCAUUUUCUCUUAUUUUAGAAACAGCUCCAUUUGAUGUACUUCAAUCUCUAUUUAAUACAUAUUCUUAAUAAUUAAAUACUAUAUUUUAAUAAUUCAAUCCAUAAUAAGAUAUGUAUUAAGGUAUUGUUCCCAUUUAAGGAUUAAAUAAAUAAAAUGAACUUAAUUAAAUUAAAUAAGAAAUCAAUCAAAAUAAAAAAUAAAAACCUUUUUAAUGGUUGAAUAAAUAAUAUGAAUAUCGUAAAAACUAUUUACAUAAUAUAAUUUUAAAUCUAAAUUUGACAACAAAUGAGUUAUCAGAAAUAUUGAAAUCUAUUAAAUAAUUUAUUAAUCAAUCUAAUAGUUCAAAUUUUUAAAUAAUUAAAACAUAAAAAUUAAGAUCUGGAGAUUUCAUUCCAUUAAGUCUGUACUUAGAAGUAUUAAAAUCUAAAUGUAAGAAAAAAUUAGAUAGAGUCUAAAGAGAAAUUGGAACAUCUUUAUUUAUUUGUUAAAUGCUAAUUCCAAAUUAAAAUGAAGAUCAAAGUAUAAAUGAAUAACCAAAAGAAGAAUAGAUAAAAAAUGAAUUUGUUUGGGAUUUAAAUAAUUAAUUUAUUAUUUAAUCAAUCAUUUCUAAGUUACCAGAAACUUUAUUUUAAUAAUUUGAUGAUUUAUUUAGAUUCAUAUAAUGGAUACCCUCUUUGGAAUAACUAAAAACUAUUACCUUUAUAAAUCUACCUAUUAGAUUAUUGAUCAAACAUAAACAAUAAUAAAAACUAAUUAUUCUAUUAUAAUAAAUGUAUAAUGAUGUUAAAAAAAAUGCAUAUGAUAUUAAUAAUCUUGAAUCUGAUGAGAUUGUUUAGAUCCUAUAUUAUUUUUAAAUUUAGAUUUUGAUAUUGUUGGAAAUAAGGAAUUUAAAAUCCCAGAAUCUAGAUUCUGUUUAAAAUCUUAUUAUAAAUCAAUUAAAAGAUUUUGUUAAGGCAUAUACAGAAAUUUUGGUAAUACCUAUGCCAACCAACAUUAUCUAAUCUUACUAUCCAUUCAAGUACUUAUACAAAGGAAAUCCAGAAACAUUAUUAGAACUUAUAAAUUUGAUUUAAUUUAAUGCACUCAUUUCAGUAUUACAGGUCAAAGAUUUAGAUAGAUUAGAUAUAAAGUUAUUAGGAAAAGCAUUAAAACGCUCUAAAGAUAAAGAAUCUUUAAAGGAUUUAAUAAAAUUAGUUUUAAUUAAGAAUUAAAAUAAGGAAGACACAGAAGAAUAAGAUUAUGAUACAAAGGAAUUUUAAAUUAUACUGAAUCCAAAUUAAAUAUUAGAUGUAUAAGAGAGCGAUUAUAGAGAUAAAUUAGAUUAAAAGUAAAUUGAAAAAUUGUUAUUAGUAUUAAAGGCUGAAUAAUUCUUACCUUUAAUUUGUGAUAGUAAAUCAAAUUUUAAUAGAAUUGUUCAUCGUCUGAUAUUGAAUUCAUUUCAAACAAAGAAAUCUAUUGGAGUAACUUAAUAAUAAAUAUUACUAUGGAUUAGAAAUUAUAUUGAUAAAAUAAGUUAGGAAUGGAUUCAAUUGUAUAUAGAUUAUUUUCGAAUUAGAAUGGAUCUAUAUUUUAUACAUUGUCUUAUUGAUAUAGAAUAUCAAUAACUAAAGAAAACUUAUAUAAAUUAAGAUAAACUAUAACCAUAUAUAUAAGCCUAGGGAAAUAGUUGGGCAGCUUUACUUGAUCGAAAACGAUUGGCCCAAGCUCUUAAAGAUAAUAUAUAAUUUGUUGAUAUUGAAGAUUGUAUUAGAUCUGUUGCUUUAAAUGGUUAAUAUGAAAAACUUGAAUUACUGCUUCCUCAUUUAAAAGACCCUUAAAUUUUACGUUAAACUAUACUAUUAGUCUGUAUUAUAGCAGAAAACCAAAUGUCAGAAGAUUAUUAAUACAAUAGAUUAACCAACCCAGAUUAGCGUUUCUCUUUAGAAUAAUAAUUAUAUGAGAAUGAUAACACAGAGAAGGCUUCAUCAACUAAUGAAGUAAAUUUGAGUAGAUAAGAAUUAAAAAGAAAAUUGAGAGAAUUUUUGGAUGAUACUAGUAUAGAAGAGUAUGAAAUAUAUAGAAAAUGCUAAAGGAUAAUGGCAUCUUACAAAAUUAAAAGCUUUGAUUUAAUAUCAAUAUAACCUAAAAAUAGAUAGAUGAUGAAAUAAUAAAAGGAAAAAUGGAAAACAGAAAAUGUAGUAUUUCCAGAUUCUUUGGAUUAAAUUAGAACCCCUAUAUCUGUUUUAUAUUAAUUAUAAGAAAUGAAUUCUAAUAUAUAGAAUGAAUUAGAUUAUUAUAUCAAAUAAUCGUAUCCUAAGAGUGAGAGACUUGAUCUAUUUAAAUUUGAGUAAUAAUUUGAAAAAGAUAUAGUUACUUUUCGUCAUUUGAAAAGCUGGAAAUCUUCAAUAUAAAGAUAAAAUUUAAGUUCAUUGUUCUUUAAAGGAUUUUAAGAGAUUAACCUUUCAUAUAAAAAAGUAUUGAAAUAAUUAAUGAAUGAAUUUAAAAAAUAUAGAAUUCCAUUAUGCAAAACUAAUGAUGAUUAUCGUUAUCUACUUAAAAUUUUAACAAUAUAUGGGUUUAUAAAUCCUGAUGAAUAAAUAAAUAUGAUUGUUUCUAGUAAUAUGAAAAAUGAAAUGAAAAAUAGAAUACUUUUUAAUCAAUUACGUUAAAUUCUUAAUUAAGUUGUAAGACCAAAAUUUCAACAAUUAUAAUUAAAAAAUGAAUCUAUGAAUAUUUAAUAGAUUCAUUAUAUUUUCAAAAAUUUAAAUAUUUAAUAAAUUGAUGAUGAAGAAGAAAUAAAUACAAUUUUGGAAGAAAUGAGCACAAUUCUAGAUGAAAUUCAUGAAAUAUUCAAAAAACUUUUACCUAAUAUUCUUAAUCCUUAAAAAGCAUUAAAAUUUAAAAUUGCAAGUGAAAUUUUAGUUAAAUUAGAUUAAUUAAGCAUAAAGAAUUAAUUUGAAGAAUAAUUUAUAGCUAUAUCUUAAACUAUAAGGAAAAAGAAUUUUAAUGUUAAAAUACUAUAAUAGUUAGCCUUCCUAUAUUUAAAAGAAAAAGAUCAAAAUAUAAAAAAACCCUAAGUUUUAGAUCACAAAGAUGUGAUAUUGUCAUUCAAAAAGAAAAGAUUAGAUGAAAUUUUAUCUUAAGUUGAACUUACUUAUUAUAUAUCAAAAUUUUCAGAUAGAGAUUGUGAAGAUAUAGUUAAAGAAUUAUUUAAAUUACCUUAUGAUAAAAAAUAUAAAUAAGAUUUAAUUAGUAAAUUUGAUCGAAGAUUAUUUGAAUGUUUAAUAUUCUAUAAGAGAUUUAAAACAUAUGAUACUUUGAUACAUGAUAUUUUAUUUAAGUAAAUAUUUGGGGGAAAAUCUGAAGAAUAAAAUUUAAGAUUGAAAAUAAAUUAAAUUGAAUGCCUUGAAACUAAAAAUACAAAUUUAAAUGAAGUAGAAAUAUAAUAAGAAUUAAAUGAUUAGAAUAAUAUUUAAUAAAAUUCGUUAGCCUAAAUUGCAGCUUAAUUUGGUUUUUAUGAAUAUUUUGAUACUCUCCAUAGAUUAAAUUUAAAAGUUAAUAAAAUUCAUCCAUUCCCUUAAAUCAGAUUUACAUUACAAUCAAAUGAUUAAUUAUAAAUAUUAGCUACAGAAUUUGAAAAGAAAGGUUUAAAUUAUAUAAGUAACUGUAUCAAAAUGAUGAGAUAUUUGAGAAUAAACCAUUAUGAAUAUAAUACCUAAUAAUUCAAUUUUGAAAGUGAGCUCAUGGGUUGUUUUAUAGUUGAAGAUGUAUCAUUAAUAUCAAAUCCAUGUUUGAAUAUUCUUAAAGAAUAUUUAAUAAUUAAUGGAAGGUCGUAACCCUUUUGGUAAGAUUCAAUUAUUUAAAGAAAAUCUGAUAUUAAAUAUGAAAAAUAAUAUAAAAGCUUAUUCUAAAAGAAGAUAAUUUAACAUUCAUUGAUUAGAUUGAAAGUCAAUGGGAUUGAAAAGGGAGUAAAGUUUUGUAUUCCUUCAAGUUAUGAAUUGAAUAAUAAUGAAUAUUCAAUAUCAAAUGAUGAUAUUCGCAAGACUUAAACAAAAAGACCAAUAUUUUCUAUUGAUCAAUAUAUUGAUUGUUUAGAUAAAAACGAUCGAUAAAGAUUAGAUAAUCAAAUAAUUAACGAUCCUGAAUUCUAAAAUAUCUUAAAGUAACUUUAAUUACCUUCAAAGAAUUAAGAAUUCUUAAUAGAUAAGAUUAAUUUUAUAUAAUUUUUAAAAUAGAUCCUCUACCAAGAUCAUGAAAUAUAUUACUAUUUACUGAAUUUCCCUAUGAUUUGGUAUGAUUAGAAAAUACCAAAAGAAAACUUAAAUAUUUAUAAUUUCUUUUUAGAAUUUGAAUUUGGUAUAAUCUUUUUUAAAUCAAUAUAUAUAUUUGAACCAAAAUAAUUUGAUAAGGCUUUGGAUAUUUAUUUAUAUUCUUUAAUGGAUUAUGUAAAAAUAGAUGAUAGGAAACCUAAAAAAGCUAAGAAAGUAUAAUAUAAUUAUGAAAGUGAUUAUGAAUAUUAUUAUUCUGAAUCAGAAGAACCAUAAGAUAAUCAAAUAAAUAAUAAUAGAACUGAGAUGUUAUAGAUUUCUAAUGAUUAAGAGAAUUUUAAUAAAGAAAUAAAAUAGAAGGUUUUGAAAAAAAGACGUAAGGAUUAUAUUGAACCUAAAAAUGGUUUAAAAAAAUUAGUUUAAAAUAAAUGCUCCAAUUAAGUUAGAUUUAAUAUAUUUCUAUAAUUGUUAUUGCUUGCUACUACUAAUGAUGAAUCAGCUAAUUUGAUCCAAAAAUAUUUAAUAGAAUAUUAAGUAUUGGCUCCUUUAAAACAACCUAAAGAAAUUGAUCCAAUUAUAUUAUCUAGAUUAUUAGAAUAUGGAUAUAAAGAACCUUUUAAUUUAUAAUUUAUUCAAUAAAUUGAAUCAAAUAAUAAUUAGUAAUCUUAAUAAUAGAUUGAGGAUAUUAAAUAUUUGAAAACAAUUAUAAGUUUUAAUCAAAGUUUGAAUUAAGAUAAGUAUAAUGAAUUAUUCUAACUUUUAAUAAAUUAAGUUUAUACAAGUAAAUAUACAGGAUAUUAGAGAGUAAUAGAUAACUUACUUGAACAUCCUGCAUAUAAAUGUUUAAAUAAAUAAAAGAAUUAGAUAUUUCCUUUUUCUUUGGAGAAUGAUAAGUAAUUCUAAUAAUAAAUCAUCAGUUACUUUAUGAAAAAUAGAAAUAAAGAGGAAAUGAAAUAUAAAUAUAGGAAAAAUUAAAUAGAUUAAGAUUUUAUUCAAAAAUUCUUUGAAGUUAAAUCAAAUCAAAAUUUUACUAAUGAUAAAUGGAUUCAUGUAAUUUGUUUGUUAAAAUAUUGUUUUGAUUUAGAAAAUCAAUUUAAAGAAUUUGAUUUAAAAGAUGCAAUUUCAAAAUAUAAGAUUAUUACUUUUAUAGAUAAUGUUGAUCCUAGAUUUAAUGGAUUAGACAAUUAAUUAGAUACAUUAAUUGGAUAGUAUUAUUUCAAAUUCUAGAUUAAUAAUAUUUUUAAACCUCCAACUUAUUCUUACACAAAAAAGAAGAAUAGAAUUAAUUCUAUUUUUAACACAUAUUACUUCAAUAUUGAUAUAAAUAUAUAUCUCCAAAGAAGUACAAGUCCUAAUAAUCCAUAUCCUAUUCCUUAUAUACAUACUAAAACUUACGAUGAAAAGGAUAAGAUUUAUAGAAGUUUUAUGUGUGACCUUGUUUAUGAAGAUUAUCUAAUCCGUGAACCAUAUUAGUAAAACGAAAUGCGUAAAUUUAAUGAGGAAGAUUUUUUUGAAAGUUCAAUUUUAAAGUUGAAAUUGAAUCUAGAAAAUUAUAAAUAAAUGUCAAAAAUACAAGUUUUUUAUUAUUACUAUUUGGAUGAAGCCAUUAGAUCAUUUUAUAAUAACAUUAUGGACAGAGGAUAAUUAGAAAAAUGGAUUUAAGAAAGUGAAGAUGAACCAGAUGGAAUAAUUAUUUAAUAUUAUAAAAACUUUUUUUUUAGAAAUCCAAGAAUUUAAAGAAAUAUUUAAUUCAAAUUUUAAAAUCAAUUUUAUUGUAAUUUAUUUUUUGAUAUAAUAUUUAAGCUAUACCAUUUAGUAAUUACAAGCCAAAAAUACAUAAGACAUAAUAAAACAUAGAAAUAGAUUUAACAUUUCCAGAGUUAUAUCCAGUUGUUUCAUUAUAAGCUUAUAAAUAUAAACCUGAUAUUAUUACAGAAGAAGAAUCCAAACAAAAUUAUGAUUCUUUAUCACUUAUUUAAUCAGCUUGUGUAAGAUAUUAUUAAUAUAUAAAUUUUAGAAUGAACUCAACUUAUAUGCAAAAUUAUUAAAUGAAUUCUUAAAUAAAAUACCUAAUGAUUAUGAAGAAAGAUUAGCAACAAGGGAUGUCUAUUGGCCACUUAUAUAAAAAAAAGUAAAACCUCAUAUAAAAGACUCUAAUAUGUUUGAAUAUACAUAUAUUAUUGAAACUAUUCCAAUAUAUUUAGUUAAUUAUCUAUUUGAUAAUUUAAAUUUAGAAUUGAAUCAUGAAAUUAAAUUUACUCUAAAUUGUUUAUCCUUUACUGAAAUCAUUUUAACGAAAUUAAUUAGAAUAAUUCAAAAACAUACAGGAAAAAGUAUAAAAUAUAUAUUUAAUUAAUAGAAUGUAAAAUAGCUACUGCAAUCUCUAUACUAAAAGAAUGGGUUUGGUUAAAAUAGAUAUUGGCUGCUAUUGGAGAUACAAUUCUUUAAAAUGAUCUCAAGUAAUUCAUAGCAUAUUAUGUUGAAAUCAAUGAAAUUCAUCCGAAUUUAGUAUAAUAUACUUAUUAUGAUCAAAGGCAUUUUAAUUUAAGUCUAAUAAACUUGAAGGAGUGGAUUCAUUAUUUAGAUUUGGUAAAACUCAAUUCUUUAUUCAUUCUGGUGUCCUCAUAAUUAGACUUAAUAUUGCUUAAGUUUCUGAGAACCCUUAAUCAAUUUUAAAUAUGAAAAACUAUAAAUUAUAACAAAUUUAAAGUAAUAUGUUCAAGGAAGACAAAGAGAUUUUUGUAUUACAUAUAUUUAUUAUUAUUUAGAAUUACAUGUAAUUUAUUGUCACUUUUAAUGAUAUGAUUAAGCAGAUAUUUAACAAGAAUUGA